AUGUCUCCCGAACAGUUGGAUGAAUGGUGCCAAUUACUCGCUGAUACGGCAAAAAACUACCGGGAAUCGGCAACUUAUGACACAAUUAUCUUUGCUUUUCAAACUCUCAUUCUGAAUAAGCUCAACGACAAGAAAUUCACGCAGAAAAUAGGUUCCAUGAAUAGAGACUUAAUGACGUCUGUCCAGCCGAAUCACUUAUUGCCCCAAUGGACGCAGGAAACUCCUAAAAAGAUCAGCUACAUUGUGGAUCUCUUAUCGAAUUACUUAUCGCCUGUGAAGAAUUACGAGCAGGAGCAUUACACGCAGAAAAUUAACUUAUUGCCCGAAUGGACGCAGGGAAUCGCUGACACGAUCAGCUACAUUACCUCCCUCCUACCGAAUUACUUAUCGCCUGUGAAGAAUCGCGAGGAGGAGCAUUCCACCAAGAAAUAUUACUUCUUGCCAGAAUGGACGCAGGAGCUUCAUGACCCCAAGAGCGGCCUCAGUCUGAGUUUUCGCAUAUGGGACCAGAACAAUUUCGCAAGCCACAUAGGCAACGAAGCGAGGUUGUCCCCUCUAGGCCUGGCGAUAGAAAACAAGGACUCUGAAUAUAUUACGAAAGGUCUCAACAAAAUCAUUGAAGAAAUAUUCACCAACGAACCAAAGGGAGACUUAUCUUCUCAGACAAGAAUAGUCGCGAUAGCUGCACUUUUUCAUCUUCUGCACACCAAUCUCAAACAUAUUCAUAUUCAAGUCAAUGAUCUCAUCCAAUCACUCAUUUUGAACAAGGGAAACAAAUUCUUCUUAUUUGAUCAUGAAUUUCAACUGCUAAAGAGUUUGCGGGAGUGUUGGCAGCCAUGCUAUCCAGAUGUCCACAACUUUAAUGUACAGCUUGGAUCUAGUGAAUCUAGUGACAUGCCUCUUUUAUCAUCAGUUUAA